AUGGACCAGCUCAAGAACCUAUUGGGCGGAAGCAAGGGCUCUUCCUCGCACUCUGCUGGUGCCGCCGGCCAGCAGAAGCAGGAUCCCCUCGACAAAGCCUUCGACUUCGCCUCCAAGAAGGCCGGCCACGACUUCGCCCCCGGCACCGAUGAGAAGAUCACCGACGGUGCGCGCGGCCUCUGGGAGAAGGUCACCGGAAAGAAGGUCAACCCCAAGAUCUCCAACUAG